CAACAUCAAACCUGACGAACUUUACUCCGCUGGACAUUUAUUGACCCACCUUUGAAACUUCGUUUGAGAUAAUAUUUAACAGCUAAGAUCGGUUUCGCAUAACUUUAGUGUUCUCUCGGUGCGUAGCCGACUGGAUCAAUGGAGUUGUGAUUUGGAUAUUGGCCACACACUUCAGCUAAGCGCAGAAACAAUGGUUUCCGUCGGCAAGGUGCUCCUCGGAGUGUUCGGGGUAGCAGUGGUCAUCAUUUUGAUAGCGGUGCCAACGGCUAUAUAUCUGAAAGAGGAGCAGGCGGGCAACAAGAACACCAGAUCUUUCACCCUGGAGGAUGUCUUCAACAGCUCACUGAAACCAAAGUCCGUCAGCUUGAAGUGGAUCUCAGAUCAAGAGUAUCUGAUUAAGUCUGGGGGCUCAGUCUUCCUCCAGAACGUCUCAACAGGAGCGUCCUCAGAGUUCUUAAGCAAAGACAAAUUUAAUGAAAAAAAUGCCUAUGAUUACCAGCUUUCUGCUGACCGCAAAUAUGUUGCAUUCAUGAGCAACCGCUUCAAGCUGUGGCGGCAUUCAUUUACAGCUUCAUAUUCACUUUAUGACCGGGAAUUAGACACAUUUUUCUCACCCUCUGACAUUCCAGAUGAAAUCCAGUACUUUUCUUGGGCUCCUGAAGGAAACAAACUGGCUUAUGUUUGGAAAAAUAAUGUGUAUAUAAAGACCAGCCCCGGGUCGCCCCCCCAGCAAGUCACUUUCAAUGGCAAGGAGAAUUGGAUUUUGAAUGGGAUCCCGGACUGGGUGUAUGAGGAGGAGAUGUUCUCAUCCAACCAGGGUCUCUGGUGGUCACCUGGAGGGAAGUAUGUGGCUUAUGCUGAGUUCAACGACACAAAGGUCCACACCAUCGAGUACACUUGGUAUGGCGAGAACCAGUACCCCAGAACUGUUUCCAUUCCAUAUCCAAAGCCAGGUACACCCAACCCUACUGUGAAACUGUUUGUUGUGGACACUGACAACACAACAAUAAUUACUGAGGUUGUUGUUCCAGCCUUAUUCAGCUCGAGUGAGCACUACCUGGCCACUGUUACUUGGGUGACAGAUGAACGUGUUGCUGUCCAAUGGCUGAAGAGAGUACAAAACCACCUCCUCCUUCAGAUCUACAAUUUUACCGGACCCAUGUGGGAUCCUGUUGAGCGUUUGGAGGUGAAAAGUGCCAGCGGUUGGAUCGGACGGUUUUCUCCACCAGAACCAGUUUUUGCCGCAGACAAGAACAGCUAUUACCUGUUGAUGAGCGACACCAAACAGUACAAACACAUCCAUCAUGUGGUCAAGGGCACAGCUACAGCAAUCACCACUGGAGAAUGGGAAGUUAUUGACAUUCUGAAAGUAACUGCAGAUAGUGUAUAUUAUUCAAGUAAUGAAGAGGGCAAAAAGCCAGGAGGAAGGAAUGUUUACAAGUGGACCAAACAGGGGUCCAAAUGUCUGACAUGUGCAUUACGUGGAGAUGACUGUCAGUAUAAUUCAGCCUACUUCAGCCAUAAUGCCUCCUACUACCGUAUGAGCUGCAGUGGUCCUGGCGUACCUUACUAUUCUCUCAUGGACAACAAGAAUGAUAAAGAGUUGAAGACUUUGCAGAACAAUGAAGAAUUUAGCAGCCUGAUAUCUGACAUCCAAAUGCCCACCAUGCGUCGAGGCACCAUCAAAAUUCAAGGAUACAAUCUCUGGUACCAGAUGUUUCUGCCUCCAGGCUUUGAAGAAUCCAAGAAGUACCCUUUACUAAUAGAUGUGUAUGCUGGUCCCUGCAGUCAGAAAGCAGACUAUGCCUACAGAGUGAGCUGGUCCACUUACUUGGCCAGCACUGAGAAAAUCAUCGUCGCCAGCUUUGACGGAAGAGGAAGCGGUUUCCAAGGCGACAAGUUAAUGCACGCAAUCUACAAACGUCUGGGAACCUAUGAGGUGGAAGAUCAGAUAACAGCAUCCAGGGAAUUCAUUCAAAUGGGCUUCAUUGACAAAGACAGAGUUGCUAUUUGGGGCUGGUCUUACGGUGGAUAUGUGACGUCAAUGGCCUUGGGAUCUGGAAGUGGAGUUUUCAAAUGUGGAAUGGCGGUCGCUCCAGUGUCCAAAUGGGAAUAUUAUGAUUCCAUCUACACCGAGCGUUACAUGAUGGAGCCUGAACAGAAUUCUGUAGCCUACGCUAACUCAACAGUAACUGCCAGGGCCAAGAAUUUCCAUGCAGUGCAAUAUCUCCUGGUUCAUGGAACAGCUGAUGACAACGUUCAUUUCCAGCAGGGAGCUGAGAUCUCUGAAGCUCUUGUGGACGAGCAGGUGGACUUUGAGGCGAUGUGGUACACUGACAAGGAUCAUGGACUCGGCGGCUCGGCCUAUCAACACGUCUACACCCACAUGAGUCACUUCCUGCAGAGGUGCUUUGCCUGAAGUCCACUGGAUCACAAAGAUAUUAUUCAAUUGCCUCAUGUGAAUAAAAUGUGGGGAUAAAGUCUUUUCAAACUUGAUUAUUAAAGCUCCAAACGGCAUGAAAGUACAAAGUGGUUCAAGUCAUAAUAUCAUUCUGUGUCUGUGAAGUUUUGUCUUGCAUUCAGUCGGACAUUAUCACUUACAGUUUUACUGGUAACAGAUCUAAAUCAAAAAUGUUCUUUUUAAACGUUCGUUUUGUGAAUGUAAGUUUUACAUAGGUCCUUACUUGACCAACAUAGACAAUAAUAUGAAAGUGCCUGUACAGAUACGUAAUGCACCACAGUAAUGUUAUACAGUUUUAACGAAUGUGUG